AUGCGCUUCAUCACGACUCUGCUGCCUCUGGCGCUUGGCGUCACGGCUCAGCAGUACGCUGGCGACAUCAUCAGCGCCAACUUGCCCACCAUCGCCGGCGCUGAAGUCGCCUUUUUCAAGAUCCCGGACCCAACUGGGGCCAGCAACCUCACGCUGAUCAACUACUAUUCCCACGGCACCAAUGGAGGCCGCAUUGUUGAAAGCAACAUCAAACGCGCGGUCAUCUCUUUGCACGGACUGUUGAGAGACCCCAACAACUAUAUGACCGACACCUUGAAUGCUCUCGCCCAGGCCAAGGCCUCCGAUGCUAACAUCAACGCCGACUCUGUCGCGGUCUUGGCACCUUACUUUCCCAAUGGAAACGACAAGUACUAUGCGUAUCCUUGGACCGACGGCUUACGGGCUGGGAGAGGCAGUCAGACGAGUGCUCUUGUCUGGAGUGGGUCGCAGUGGAGUGCGGGAGGGAACAACCAGUAUCCCUACACCAGCACCAACACAUCCAGCUACUUUGUGCUGGACACUCUCAUUCAAUACUUCGCCGAUGAAACGCUCUUUCCCAACUUGAACCAAAUCGUUCUGGUUGGCCAUUCUCUCGGAGGACAGAUGCUCCAGCGAUAUGCAGCCGUCGGUCCCGAUCUCAAUGUUCGUGUGCCUGUGACAUACUGGAUUGGUAACCCAGACAGCUAUGCAUGGCUGAACGAGGAUCGCCCAUUGUCGACAGCCGCAUGCCCAGACUACGACGAGUACCGGUCGGGCUACAGCAACUACAGCGACUACCCCAUGACCUACGGCGUGGAUCUUGUCAACCAGGGUCGUGAAGCCAUCCAAGCAAACUAUCAAAACAAGCAGAUUGCGUAUGCUCGCGCUCUUCUCGACCACGGCGAUCACUCUUCAGAUUGCGGUGCUAAUACUACCGGGGCUGACCGCCACGAGCGUUUCUUCUUCUUUAUCCAAUCCUGGCGACCAUCAUGCGACGACCCGGCAUCGGACAACUGCGAUACCGUCGACCUGAUCAACGUCUCCCACGACAACGGCCAGAUGUUCAACUCGCCUGCUGGUCUUGCCCGUCUCUUCACCGACAACUUCUAUGGAGCCCGCAAUCGUGCUUAUGACUUUGGCUAUCCGCGUGCUCAGGCAGGAGACGACCCAUAUCCCGAUCCAGCACAAGAGAGCGUCCCAAAUGCUGGCAUCAAUUACAACGUCUAUGCCGGCGGCAUGACUUAUCAAGGAUGCUGGACCAACCAACAGCCCGUGACCCCCGCUGCAUUACCGACUCUGUUAUAUGAUAACGCCGGCAAUAGCAUCGAGGGCUGCGUGAAUGGAUGCCUUGGCGCUGGCUUCUCCAUCGCAGGAGUGCAGAAUGCGACGCAGUGCUUUUGCGGAAGCGCUUUGAAUGCACAGUCGGCGGUGUUGGUGGUCGAUACGUCGUGUCGUUUGGCGUGUCCUGGCAAUACGGCGCAGAUCUGUGGUUCGAUCAAUCGUCUGAGUGUGUUUUCGGCGCAGUAUCCGACUUUCGCGUGA